UGUUUUAUGAUUUUGUUAGGUUCAUGGACUAUACUGUGGUUAUUAUUCGCAUCCAACAGAACAUUGUUUAAUAUAGCGAAGAACAAUUGGCUAGUUUAUCAAUGCUGGAGAAAUAUUUCUGCUACAGAUAGUCGUUUGUUCUCUGUAAACCAUGGUAAAAGUGACGGACUGUCGUUAUACAACAAUAACACCAACCCCUCCUCGUUAUUUAGAUUUCCCGGUGACCACAGAAUUUGGUCCGUGAAUAAUAGUGACGUGUAUUGUUUUGUUUACGUCACGAAAGCUACAAAUAGAUGGUUGCUUGAAUUGAUACCAAAAACAUGGGGAAGUCAUUGCGGCCAUCUUGAAUUUAUUUGUAGUUAUAAAUUUCACGAAAAUUGUACUGUUCCUAAUGGCGUGAUUGUGCAGGGCAAAUUAGUGAUCACCAGAGAAUCUGACGUCAUAAAGAAAGUCUUCCAGUAUUGUUAUUUACAUUAUUUACAGAAAUUCAAAUGGUUCUUCCGGAUAAAAGAGCGAGCUUACGUCAUUAUGAAUAAUUUAAUAGAUAUUUUGGCCUACGUUGACUAUCUUCAACCUAGAUACUUAGGACACAGAUUUCUCGAAGGAAGUAGUUUUGACGCAAAUGCCAGUUACGUUUUAAGUCAAAGCGGCCUUCGGUCAUUGGUUGAAUCCAGUCACAUGAAUAAUAAUGUAACCGAAUACGGGUUUAGGUCAGAGGGUGAAAUUGUCGGUGAUUGGUUGAAUAAAUCUGGAGUAGAGUUCGUGGAUACAGUGGAUGUUUAUGGUAGAGAAACGUUUCACUCUGAUGAUAUGAGGUCGUUACUUGGCUUAAGACGGACCGAUACAAGAUCUCUUCAUCCUUAUCGCGAUGGUGUAUGUUGUAGUGAUUAUACAGUAACGUUUUUAGCUCCAUCUGUCAGAACGUACUGGGAAAACGAUGCUUUAGUCAGACAGAUCAGAGUGUUUGGAUAUCAGAAACCUUCUUAUUUAGCUUCAAGAUUAAAUAACACAGCUGUUGAUUCAGCUCCCGACAUUGACGAUCCAAUGCUAACGAGAACGAAGAAUGUUAAAAUUUUAUGUUGGAUUUUAUCGAUGCCAAAACAUUUCAAGAUUUAUAAAACCGUAAUAGAUAGAACAUGGGCAAAACGUUGUGAUAAAUUUCUGGUUUUUGUGUCGAAUCCCGUGAAUAAAACAGCAAAUGUGAUUGGUCUAAAUAUUACAGAAGGUCGAGAGCAUCUAACCGAAAAAGUUUAUGCGGCCUUUAAACAUUGUUACGACCAUUAUGUGGAUGAUUACGACUGGUUCCUGAAGGCUGAUGACGAUACUUUUAUCAUAGUCGAAAAUCUUCGUUAUUUCUUGGCACACCAGGACCCAAAACUGCCGGUUUUCUUUGGUUAUGAGUUCAAGCCCAAGUGGUCGCAAUAUUCAUACAUGAGUGGUGGAUCAGGUUAUGUUCUGAGUAAAGAAUCGCUGAUUAAAUUGGUUUUAAUAGGAAUUACACACCCCGGGGUCUGUCCGCCUAAAGGAGGUGCCGAGGAUGUAACGAUCGGACACUGUUUAGGAAAUAUAGGAGUAAAGAGUGGACAUACCUCAGAUGUAUUCCAUAAAGAAACUUUCAUUCCAUUAGGUUUUAGAUAUCGUUUAACUAAUACCCCUCCAUGGUUUAUAGAAUACAGUGUGCAACCAGUUUCAAAGACCAAUACUUUCAGUAGCCGAUAUUCCAUCAGUUUCCAUUAUACGGCCGGUCUAUAUAUUGAUAUAUAUCAUACGUUACUUUAUGGUAUAAGUCCUAAUAAACACAACCAGGUGGGGACCAAACAGUAUUUUAAACCGUAUCAACCAAACAAAACAUAGAUCUUUUCUAAUCAUAGAUAUCUCGACCCAUUGUGAUCAAUAUGUACUGUAAAACCAUAGAUAUCUCGAGCCAUUCUGGACAUGUAAUGUAAAACCAUAGAUAACUCGAGCCAUUGUGGACAACAUGUAAUGUACAACCAUAGAUAACUCAAGCCAUUUUGGACAUGUAAUGUAAAACCAUAGAUAACUCGAGCCAUUGUGGACAACAAGUAAUGUACAACCAUAGAUAACUCAAGCCAUUUUGGAUCUGUGAUGUAUAACCAUAGAUAACUUGAGCCAUUGUGGACAACAUGUAAUGUACAAUCAUAGAUAACUCGAGCCAUUGUGGACAUUAUGUAAUGUAUAACCAUAGACAACUCGAGCCAUUGUGGACAACAUGUAAUUUACAAUCAUAGAUAACUCGAGCCAUUGUGGACAUAAUGUAAUGUACAACCAUAGAUAACUCAAGCCAUGGUGCACAACAUGUGAUGUACAACCAUAGAUAACACAAGCCAUUAUGGACAACAUGUGAUGUAAAACCAUAGAUAACUCGAGCCAUUGUGUAAACCAUUGAACCAUUGUGAGCAGUAUAUUAUGUAAAACCAUAGAUAUCACGAACCACUGAAAACAGCAUGUAAUGUAAAACCAUAAUGUGCACUACACCUAUAUAACAAAAUAGGUCUACCACCUAUAGCGAUUUAUGGAAUAUUCUUCGGGAUCGCAUGAGCCUAUUAGUGACCGGCGUGUACAUCUCCAGGUGCGUCUAAUGGCCAACGUGUACAUUACAGUGCCGAGCAGGUACGUGUUGUGGCAUAUGCAGCAUUUACAUUACAGUGAAGGGCGGGUACGUGUAGUGACGCAUGCAGCAUGUAUACUACAGUGACGAGCAGGUUCUGGUAGUGACUCAUGCAGCGUGUAUAUUACACUUAUGAGCAGGUACGUGUGGUGUCCAGCAUGUACAUUAUAGUGACCAGCAGAUGCGUGUAGUGACUCAUACAGCGUGUAUAUUACAUUGACGAGUCGGUACUUGUAGUGACCAGCGUGUACAUUAUAGUGACGAGCAGGUACGUGUAGUGACCAGCAUGUACAUCAUAGUGACGAGCAGGUACGUGUAGUGACCAGCAUGUACAUCAUAGUGACGAGCAGGUACGUGUAGUGACCAGCAUGUACAUUAUAGUGACGAGCAGGUACCUGUAGUGACCAGCAUGUACACUGUGGCCAGCAUAAUACUUAUACAUAUAUAUUAUUACCAAAAGUUAAAUACUUAUGCGCAUGUGGACAUUUUAGUAGUGAGGUGACAAAUUAGUAUCGUUCAAUACAUUCUCAGCAUUUAUGGCACACAUGUCACUGGUAAGCUGACACCAUUGGCCUAUGAACC